GGGCGGGGACGGAGGGAGGCGGCCGGAGCCGCCCGGGGCUCGGGGUUCCCGCUGGCUUUCUUGCCGCUGCGAUGGUUCCAAUCCGCUCGGGCCCGGCCUGGUGGCGCCUCCUCACUUUGGCCGUUUGCGGCCCCAUCCUUUGCGGCCGAUCGGGUCGGGCUGAACCGGAGCCGAGCCCCGAUCUGGGCCAGGCAGCGGCGGAGGCUGACCCGCACGGGCGGCACCUUUACAACGCGGAGAUGCUGCGGCACGGCGCUGCCGCUGCCCCCCAUUUCGUCAUGUUCUUCGCCCCGUGGUGUGGACAUUGUCAGCGUCUCCAGCCAACGUGGAAUGAUUUGGGAGAUAAAUACAAUAACAUGGAAAACCCACAGGUCUAUGUUGUUAAGCUGGAUUGUACUACAGAUACCCCACUCUGCUCUGAAUACGGUGUCCGAGGAUACCCUACCCUAAAGCUGCUCAAACCUGGACAAGAACCUCUGAAAUACCAAGGCCCUAGAGAUUUCCAGGCACUGGAAAACUGGAUGUUGGAGAAACUAAAUGAGGAACCAUCUGAUCCAGAAUCUGAUGUGGAGCCACCAAAAGCCCCUGAACCUAAGCAGGGAAUGUAUGAACUCUCAGCAGACAAUUUCAAGAUGCACGUAGCAGAAGGCAAUCAUUUCAUCAAAUUCUUUGCCCCUUGGUGUGGUCAUUGCAAGGCUUUGGCCCCAACCUGGGAACAGCUGGCUCAAGCCUUUGAGCAUUCGGAAACUGUCAAGAUUGGCAAGGUUGACUGUACCCAGCAUUAUGAAGUUUGCUCGGAAGCCCAAGUUCGUGGCUAUCCCACACUGCUCUGGUUUAGGAACGGUGAAAAGGGUGACCAGUACAAAGGGAAGAGGGACUUUGAUUCCUUGAAGGAAUACGUGGAUUCCCAACUACAGAGCUCUGAGAAAGAGCCACCAGCAGAUGAACCUGCUGAAGCCCCACAGCCACCUGCAGAACCCACUCAUGUUGAGGCUGCAGUGCUCUCUCUCUCUGAGAAAGACUUUGAUGCAACCGUUGCUAGAGGGAUCACCUUCAUUAAAUUCUAUGCUCCAUGGUGUGGUCACUGUAAGAACUUGGCUCCGACUUGGGAGAACCUUGCCAAAGAGCAAUUUCCAGGUUUGACUGAUGUCAAAAUAGCAGAAGUUGACUGCACCGUGGAACGUAACGUCUGCAACAGAUUUUCUGUACGCGGUUAUCCUACGCUGCUGCUUUUCCGAGGUGGAAAGAAAGUUAGCGAACACAACGGAACGAGAGACCUCGAAUCACUGCAUAGCUUUGUCCUGCGUCAGGCAAGGGACGAAUUGUAAUAGGAGUCUGGAUGCUCCAUCCCUAGCUUCGUGCAGUAGCUGAGGGAUGUCAAUCAGUGCUAAUUUCCAAAUAGUGUAUUUGGGGGUGGGAAGGGGAAUUGGGACAUUCUUUGUUUGUUGUUAGGAAAUGGAAUGUACCAAACAUUGUUAUCUUCCCUUCGUGUGUGUGUGUGUGUGUUGAAGACACGCUGCCCUGGGUGUGAAGGAAAAGCAACAAAUAAUUACUGUGCAAAUUGAGACUAUUUUCAGCACUGGUGGUACUCUAUUGCAUUGCUGCUUUCCCACAACAAAGUGUAAAUGUUUCCUUUGAAGGACACACAUUAAGAAAACCAGCUUUAAUGCACCGGUAGAAUGUUUUUGCCUUCAAGUUAGAGCUGGUUAAAAAGUAAUCCUUACAAACUUCCCACUGUAAGUAGAAAGGUAAAAGCUAUGACUCUGUUGAGUCACUUUUGCCUCUACAACUGUACUUAAUAUAGCUGAAAUAGAAGGUCAGGGAAGGUUGAAAACACACACAGUCACCCACCUUUGGAAGAUACCAAUGCCACUACAAGCUGUCUGUUCCUGUUAAUCCUCUCGGCAUGGGAGGUCUAGCCAUAAAGAAAGUGAUGGUACCAUAAUAUGUGCCUGAACAUUGCUGAUGCUGUAUUGUACCUUUGUCAGGUGGAGGUUCAUGGGCUCCUUCCAUCCAGCUCCAGAGGAGUAACUGCUCUACUUCUACAGAGCCAAGUGAACAGGUGCUUUUAUAGCUGCUCCAUUAAUAUGAAAUGGUCAGUUAGAUUUCAGAGCUGAUGGUGUGCUUCCUAACCUCACCUGAAUCCAGACCUGCUCCUUACUCAGAAUAUUUAAAGAACAACAUUUAAUUUUUCUCCACUCGCCUCUUCUAGAGUAGUGUACAAUAUUUCCCCGCUCCUCCUGAGCCUUCACCUUUUUCCAGGCUGUAAGUUUGAACACCAGGACCACGCUCCCUGUGGGGCCCUGGAUCAUAAUAUGGAUCUAUUCCUUGGUGCAUAAGAUGUUCCAUUUCAGAUGUAAAUGAAAGCCAAAGACUGCGAUACAAAGAGAAGAGCAAACCAAGGACUGACUUGUGCACAGAAACUCAUGGAAUGAGGAUGGCUCCAGGUGAAUUUACUAAUCUGUCAAGAUGCUGAUUUUUGUCCAUCAUAUGGAGUGGGUUGGGUUGGUUGGUGGUUUGGGGGUUUUUUUUAAACAAAAAAUGGUAAACCAGCAAUGAAUUUUUUUAAUCAAUGAAUUUCUUCUGGUACUUCGCUGUCUGUCCAGAACUCCUGAUUCCAUUCAAUCUAAAGAUGUGUAAAGGUGGAAAAGCCACAGUGCAAGCUGAAAGGGUUGUACUGGCAGUUGUAUUAGCUCAGUGUCAAUACUUCUGCCUUCAAGGAAAGCCUUUAUUACGUUUUUACCAACUUUCUAGUGAAGCACAAUCUCAUGAGUUCCUUGUAUAAAAUCCAAGUGGUACAACUGUUUACACAGAGAUUUUUCCUAAAUAAAGCCUUUUUCAAAAAGAAGUCUCUCUAUAAAUGAUACAGCACAAUGACCUUACAGGGACAAGUGCAAUAAAUAAUUGCUUGUAUUUACAAGAAGCCUUUUAAAAUGCCAGAAUUAAAGGUAAGUGCAUUUAAUACAAGUUUAAUAUUGAUCAAAACGAUUUGCUGUUAGUUCCUGCUAGACUGUGGGCACGUUGUGAACGUUGCGUGAGUUGAGGGGGAAAGGUUGGCCAAAGGCUUAUGUUGUUGACAUUGUGUCUUCCUGUUAAGGGUUGGACUUGGUUACCUUAAAGAUCUUUUCCAAAUGAAAUGAUUCUAUGAUUCAGUGAAGCGUCCAGCGAGGGAAUGAAUGCUCCCCUGAACUUUUACAUCUGAAUUACACCUGCGGAAGCAUCAACAACUUCCUUCCUGGGCAAGUGGUAGUAGAUGAGGCAGCUCUGCAUGGGGAGUGGAAGGAAGCUGUAUAACAAGUUUCUAAAGUUCUAUUGCUCAGUCAAAUAGUGAACUGGAGAGACCAGCCAGGGGCUGAGUUCACACUGGUGUUUCUAACCCAAGGUGUGUCCAAGCCACCUCAUGCUUGCAUGAUUAGACUUAAACUUUGCUGGGAGAGUAAGAGACCUGAAACGUUUGCUUUGGCACAAUUUAAGAUGUUGAGUGUCAGGGCAGAUUUCAGGAGCAGACCAACAAUUGAGGUGUAGUAACUGGCCCUUCUGGAAAAAAAGGCAACUCCUAACCCUUAGGACAUCUUGUAAAAGA